UUUAAGUUUUGAUGGUUGCAGAAUAAAAAUGGGGGAUUCGGGAGUAACUGAAUCAUUUCUAGCUGAUCUUGAAACUAACGGAAGAAUCGUAUAUAAUUCAACAAUAGGAAGUGUUUGUAUAUCUAGAAUAGAAGAUACAGGAGGUGAUUUAAACACUUCAUCUACACCUACCCAGAUUAUUGAUGAUUCUGAAGAUGAUAUUAUUGCUUCACAUUUUCUAGAAUCCUACCAGGAAGAGGAGGAGUCGAGCAGAAAAAGAAAACUGGAUUUAGAAGCAGAAUCACCAACUAAAAAGUCAAGACGGCCGAAACAAGAUCUGGAUCCAGAGCGACAAGUUUCAAAUAAUUUAGUGGAUUCGUGUACAAGUUCGUGUAAUCUGUGUGGAAAGAUUGCAUCCCACGACUCCAUCUUGAAACAUAUUUCUAAUAUGCAUAAAGCAUCUCAGAAGGACAACUACGUCAUGCUUACACGAUCAUAUUACAAAUGUCGAAUUUGUGACUCGGAAAUGGUUUUUUUCAUCGGACGAAUAAAAGAGCACUUGAAGAGGACUCACAAGAUCACGUUGAACGAGUACAAGUUCACCUACAACGAGUUGACGGAGAAGAUUAGGUUCGGGAGGAGGGAGAGCACCAAGACCCUUAGCAGGUGUAACUUCUGCAGCGAGAUCUUUAACCACGAGGAGACAAUAGAACAUAUACAGAACGUGCAUGACGUUUCCUACGAGAAUAAUUUUGAGAUUGUGACGAAACAAGAUCUAAAAAUUCAAGUAAGUGAGAAGAGGUAUGAGUGGGCACAAGAGCAGGCGCAGGAGAUUAUAGAACUAUGGAAACAUACCUUGGACGACGGGGUUAUGGUCUUUACAGAUAAUGCAAAGGAAAAGUGUUUACGGCAGUGUGAGCUUUGUCAAAAAAUUUAUUCAGACGAUUCAUUAAGGAAUCAUAUCCGUUUAUGCCACAAAGAUGAGGAUCGAAGGCAUCCUAAAGAACAUAAGCUUGUCAAAAUCACUUAUCAUAGAUGUAGGCUGUGUGAGAAACCACUAAGAUUCACUUUCAAUAUUGUCUCAAAACAUCUGAAGAAAAUGCAUAGUCUAAAGUUCAAUGAGUACAAGGAGAGAUGCUCUGUUUUCCUUGAGGAUGUUGACGAAGAAAGCACUUAUCCACCUCAGCUAACCCACUCUUUGCUCCCCCACCUCACUAGUUCCUCCCUCAACCCCCUGAUGAACUAGCUUACCUACUCCUUGCUCUCCCACUUGACCAGAUCCUCCCUAAACCUCCUGGUGAACUACCAGUCCUACUCCUUGCUUCCUCACCUCACCAGUUCCUCCCUCAACCCCCUGGUGAACUAACUGUCCUACUCCUUUCUCCCUAACCUUACCAGUUCCUCCCUUAACCCCCUGGAGAACUAACUGUCAUACUCCUUGCUACCCAACCUGACCAGUUCCUCCCUCUACCCUCUGGAGAACUAGCUAAUCUACUCCUUGUCCCUUAACCUGACCAGUUCCUCCCUCAACCCCCUGGUGAACUAGCAGUCCUACUCCUUGCUCCCUAACCUGACCAGUUCCUACCUCAACCCCCUGGUGAACUAGCUGUACUACUCCUUGCUCCCCCACCUGAACAGUUCCUCCCUCAACCCCCUGGUGAACUAGCCGUCCUACUCCUUGCUCCCCCCCCCCCCCGAACAGUUCCUCCCUCAACCCUCUGGUGAACUAGCUAACCUACUCUUUGCUCUUCAUGGCGAGUUCCUCUCUCAAAGACCCACACAUUAAGUCCCAAAAUAUUCAAGAAUUGUAUCAGGGUUCUAUUUUUAAUAAUAAUAAUUUCAAAUCCC